UUGACAGUCCUGACCUUGAUUAGAAACAUAACCUCGAAACUUUUCGAUGAAUAUAACCUAUGAAACCAGAAGUUUUAUAAAUGUUAAUAUUAUUAAUAAAGAAAAGUUUUUAUCAAGACAAAAGUACAAUGGGCGUGAGAGGCUUAACUGCAUUUAUUUCGCAAAAUUGUGAGAAGUAUCACGAAGACAUUCAAUUACACGAUACCGAACUGAUAAUUGAUGGAAAUAACAUUGCAUGCCAACUGUAUAAGUGGCACUGUACAAAAAACGAUUGCUUUGGAGGAGACUACGACAAGUUUGCUGAAGUUAUAUACAAUUUCUUUGAUAUAUUAAAGGUAUGUAACGUUACACCUAUCAUAAUUUUUGAUGGUGGUUACGAAAAUCGCAAACUCAAAACAGUCUUUAGGAGGAUGGUAAACAAAGUAAAAGAAGGAAGGCAUCUAAAUAGUUGUAAUCAAAGCAGUGGUACAUUUCUUCCCCUAUUUGUACGAGAAGUGUUUACUGAUAUUACAAGGAGAUUGGAAUUGAAAUGUGCACGCACUGAUUUUGAAGCAGAUUAUGAAAUGGCUUGUUUAGCUCACAACCUUUCAUGUCCUCUAUUAAGUUACGAUUCGGAUUUUUACGUUUUUGAUAUUCUUUAUAUACCCUUUACAACUUUUCCUAUGAAUACUUCUAAACUAAAAUCAUCCUCAACAACGACCAAGCAUUGUAUUAAAUGCCAAUGUUUCAAGGUAGACAAAUUUCUAAAGUCGGUUGGUGGUAUGCCAAAAUCAAACCUGCCUUUACUUGCAACCUUACUGGGCAAUGAUUAUAUUAAGAAAAGUGUUUUUGAAAAGUUUUAUUCUCAGCUAAAAUUAGUAAAUUCAAGAAAUUCACAAAGUAUGCAGCAAAGAAGAAUUAGUAGUGUUGUAAAAUGGUUACAAACUGAAAGUAUAGAAUCAGCAGUCAGAAAGAUCUUACUUCAAAUAAAGAAAGAGAAAAGAAAAUCAGUCUCUGAAAAAAUUAAAUUCAUAGUCAAUGGUUAUAAAUUUGAAGAGGAAACUAAAGUUGAUGUAUUAAAAGUUGUAUCAGAUUUAGAAAAAAAUCCUGAAAAUAUUGAGGAAGAAGUAGAGGAGAAACAUUCAGAAUCUGAAUCAGACACAUCAUCAGAAUCAGAAGACAAUAUUGAUGUAUCAAUUUCAUUUAAUUUAUCUACAGAAAAUGAUAUUCCUGAUUGGUUUCUGGAAAGGUAUAGAAAGCUUUGCUAUCCAUCUGCCUUUAUGGACAUCUUAACAAGAAACACCAUAUUUUGUACUCCACAGAUUGAAAACUACUACAAUAGCUGUUCACAUUAUAUAUCUGUACCCAUUUUAUCUGCAAUUCAUAAAAUUUUAACUUCAGGGAAAGUUCAGACGUUUAUAUUCAUUACAAGAGGAGACAACAUGGCUAUUAAAAGAAAUGUAGGACCUUACUGUAAUCUACAUGUGCCAAUUUUAGAAGAAUUACAACAUAUUCCAUCCACAUCAAGUAUCAAAUAUAUUUUAGAAAUUUUAAAUUUUAAUUUUGAUGAUGUUAAUGAAAACUUAAAACCUAUUCCUAAUUCGUGGAAAUUAUUUUUUAUUGCAGUAGCCUACUGGGGCAAAGCAUUAUCUGAAAAAGUCACAUAUGGGCAUAUUUAUUCCUUAAUUUUAUGUACAAUAGUAUUAAAUUGUAUAGAUCCCCAUAUAGGAUUUUACAGGUCGACAGCAAAAUUUAUGAAAGUUCUAAAUAAAGCAGUACCUGAAUAUCAGCAAAUUAAAAUUAAGGAGGAACAUUGUAGUUCUGACAUUUUUAAUUUUUUCGACACUUUAACGAAAAAGGAACUGUUUAUGUGUAUGAAAACUUUGAUUCCUUAUUUUCAAAUGGAACCAAGAAUGGCAUCUAGCUCAAAAUUGUUUGAUAUCGAAAUUGUAGAUACGUUUGCUCAUCUCCAGAGUAUUGUCUUGUAUACGAAAUAUCUAAAUAUUUUACUUCAAUGUCCAUUUCCUGAUUUGAUAAUAUCAGAUUAUUUUGAUGGGACGUUUCUUUAUAACAUGACUGUUAAUUUAACUCGAAGAAACAGUAUUAAAUCCUAUCUUGCUGUUUUAUUAAAAGAUUGCCCAAAUGUUUUAAAAGCAGUGGAAAUGAUGAGUGAGAACGUAUUUAAUUUGGUAAAAUGUGAUUUGAAAAAUGUGAUUCAUACAAAGAAACGUAGAAGGAAACACAAAAAUAAAACUGUACAAAUAUGUAGUGAUGACAAUAUAGAAAGUAAUUAUUUAGAUGAAACAGAUAGUUUUGUUGAUGUGAAUAAUAAGUUUUCUUUAUUACAAGUUAUUUGAAUAAACCAGAACUCAAUGUG